UCUCACACACACAAACACACACACACACACAGGAGGAGAAGAGGAGAGGAGAGGAGGAGGAGGAGCAGGACGACACAGAAUACAGGAGAGAAGGAGAAGAGGAGACUGAUGUCGCCGUCUGGGAGAGGGGCGAGAGACACUGACACAGACAGACAUACAAAGAGAGAGAGAGGAGGAGGAGAGAAGGAGGAGAGGCAGUCGCCGUUAACGUCUCACAUCUGGGCCUGAGAGUGUGAGUGUGUCGGGGAUCAGCUGGUCGGAGGGCGGAGCCAUGAUGGGCAAGGAUUACAUGUUAGCCAUCAUCAUUGUCAACUAUGACGACAACAUCUGGACAGACCAAAACCUGCUGCUGGACCCAGAUCUUCCCUCUGGUUGGAGGACCAUCAAAGACUCCACAGGGACUUACUACUGGCAUGUUCCCACUGGCGCCACCCAGUGGCAGCACCCCCGCCUCAACAGCACACCACAGCUGCUCGAAGCCCAGCCAGAGGAGAGUGGACAGAAGAGUCCCACCAAACAGACAGAAGACACAUCUGAAAACAGAUCAUCAUGGCAUGAGGAUUAUCUGACAAACCAUGAUCCAGAUUCAAAGUGUUUUGCGGUGCGUUCUCUGGGCUGGCUACAGGUGGAGGAGGAGGACCUGUCUCCCGGUCGCAGUAGUCUUGCUGUCAGUAAUGUCAUCCAGCAGCUGUCUCACUGCAACAGUCCAGAGCAAAGAGACAGACAAGGGGCCUGGGGGGAGGGCCGGGAGAUGAUGCUGGUUCUCAAAAAGGACACUCUGACUCUAUUGGACCCUUUAGACCACACCCUCCUUCACUGUCAGCCAAUCAUUAAUAUCCGUGUGUGGGGUGUGGGCUGCAACAAUGGCAGGGACAGGGACUUCGCUUUUGUUGCGGGUGAUAAGGACAGCUGCAUGUUGAAGUGUCACGUGUUCCGUUGUGAUGCACCGGCCAAAGCCAUCGCCACAGCGCUGCAUGAAAUGUGCUCAAAGAUGAUGUCUGAGAAGGCACUGGUGAGGCCGUCUCGCUCGCUGACCAUGGAGAGCAUCUCACCUGAAGACCUGCCCAGACAAGUGGAGUUUCUGGAGGCAGUGCGGCAGCAGGUCCAGAAGUUUGAGGUGCAGUACAUCGGAAACUUGCCAGUGUCCAGAGCCAUGGGUAUGGAGGUGUUGAACAGAGCGAUUGAGAGCAUCAUGAACUCCACAGACAGAGACGACUGGGAGCCGACCGUCAUCCAUGUCACUGAUAACGUCCUGUCUCUGUGGAAGGGAGAGGAAGGGGAGGAGCCAUUCUGGGAGUGCCAGGUCAGAUUUCUCACCUUUCUGGGUGUCGGCCACGACUGCCACACCUUCGCGGUGAUUGUGGAUGGCGGUACACAGCGAUUUGAGUGUCACGUCUUCUGGUGUGAACCGGAUGCAGGAAUCAUUUCUGAGGCCGUCCAGGCAGCAUGUAUGGUUCAGUAUCAAAAGUGCUUGGUUGCUCAAACUCCUCCUCCAAGGUCCAAGUCCUGGCGAGCAACCCCAUCAAAAGUCAAACGGGCCAAUUCAAUGGACAGCGCCGCCUUCCUGCCUCUCUCAUCACGACACCAUGGUAACGGCUCCACUACAAUGACACCUAGGAUCACCAAGGGCAACAGCAGCAGCAGCACUAAUGUAAGGAAGGGCAUGAUGGCGUUCUUUGAAACCUUCCGGAAUAAACAGGCCACCACCUCCUAAUGAUGGGGGCGGGACAUCAGAGUCAUGUGACCAAAGAGUUCAGCCAGCUGGUUGGUCUGCACCUGCAGGACUAAAAGGUGUCAGCCCCCAGUGGAGAAGCUCCACCCACUGACUGAACUCUGACCACACAUGGCUCUGGAUGUUCAGGUGAUUCCGCUGCCGUUACAUCACCAGCGACGCAUCAGAGACCAAGAACCAUUGCCAUCGCCUUGUCUCCUGCCACUGGAGCGGAAAAAUAAUCCGAUAACUGUCACACCUGUGACCUAGGACCAGGUGAGGAAUAGAACCUGAGGCCUCAGACGCUGCUAGUCAGCAGUGGGUCCACUGAUCAACCAAUCGAUUGAUCGUCAGUUGACACCUCCACAGUCAGCUAUGUUUGAACUAUCAGGAUAAAACAACAGAGGUAAUCUUCAAAAGAUCAAAGGUCACAGACUGUUUUAGGGUCAUCUGCUGUCCACUUUAUUUUUAGUGGAAUUACAAACAGCUUCUGUCUUAUUAGAGUGAUUUGCUAAACUGGGUUUGUCCAGAUUAACAGAGACAAAUUGUAGGUGAUGUUUGGUCAUGGUUAAAGAAAUGGAAAUCCUCUAUCACAGAGUGAAGGUGGUUUGCAUUCAGUUGUUGUCUCAGUUUUACGAACAAAAACAAUCUGAGACAAAUGACUGCCAGUAUGACCCAACCAGUCGGAAUUCAGCAUGAAAUGACACAUUGAUCAACUGGACCUGUAUGUUUAUGUAGCUGAAAAUACCAGCUUUAUUUGCAAAAUUGACGUCCCAAGUUGCCUCUUUUUUAAAGUCAUAAUGAGGUCUACCAUCUCCUCCUUGGCUUUGGGUUUUUUUCGUUCACAUAAAUAUCACUGUUGUAACAGUGCCAUUAUUAGCUUACCUUCAUCGUUUACAAGUGUAGUGGUGCAGAUAAACAGCACGCACCAAUGGCAUUUUGUUCUUGGUAUUUCAAGGUGUUACUAUUCUACAGUCUGCAAAUGUGUAGAAAGACCAAGUAUGGAUCAGAUGUCCCUCUUUAUGGUGGACGUUACAACAUUUAAAUCCAUUUUCCCACUUUGUGUCUCAUUUUAAGAGAAACUGUUACAUAUUAAGAUUCUGAGUUCAUAACUUCAAGAACAUUGAAGUCAGGUUCACAUCAAAAUUUCUCAUAGAUUUUAGCUGAACGUUUGCAAAAAAGUUUGCGAGAAAGUCAAUGAACAUACGAAACGAGACUGAUCUACCAAAACAUUUAGAUGAGGGGAUUAUUUUGUUAAUUUCUGUCUAUUUUGUUGCUCAUUUUGUUCAUUUUAUGAUGAAUUUGUUCAGUUUUUGUUCUUGCUAUUGAUUAUUUUGUUCUUUUUUUGGUCAAUUCUGUUUAUUAUAUUCAUUUCUUCUUCAUUUUGUUAACUAUUUUGUUCAUUACGUUGAUUGUUUUGAUCACUCAGACCCAUUUUGUCCAUAGUACUUUAGUUGAUUUAUGAAAGCCAGUAAACAUGAUGUAAUCUAGGAUGUGGUUGAACGCUAAUGUUAGUUGUUAUCUAUCUGUAGUUAAUGUUCAUGGAAUAUUUAGUUUUACCUUGAAAUUUGGCCCAACGUCUCUCUGGUUUUUGACUUUCUUGUCUUUUCAGGUGCUGAUCCAUUAGUAAAGGUAAUAGGAUGAUAGUUUGUCAGAUCCCCUGUGUUUAUAUGACAUGAGUACAGCAGUAUGAUAUUAUUGAGAGUGGACACUGUGAAUACAGUCUAUGGUAAAAACGAGAAAGUUACAAUACAAGGAUAAACACAACAUUCAGUUUCAUUUGUAAUCAGCUUCCACAAUCCACAUCAGAAUCAUGUUCUUUUAACAUUUAUUGGUGUUAAUUUCUAUUACUGACACUGAUUCAUAGAAGUAAAUAAAUAAUCACCAGCCAUUUUAACCCCCUUCACAGACCAGUAUUGCUGUCUUCCAAGCAAAUUAGGGCUGUAAAUCCUGUUAACUGAGUUAGUGAUUGAACGGAAAUGCAUAAAAAAAAUGGAAGUUCAACUAACUCCACUUUGGAACAAAAGUUGGAUUCAUUGAAAGGUGUCCACAAUUUCAAACGCUGUUAAUUUGUUUGUUUGAUAAAGACGAUGCAUAUUAACGAACACUCAGUACAAAAAAAAACAAAAAAAAAAAAUGUGCAGCCGGUGGCAGAUUGACCUCUGUAAAAAAAAAAAAGAAAAAAAAAAAAGAAAAAUUUGAACUGUGAUGUCACUGAUGUGGGCGGGACAUUUGCUGUAGUCAGGUCCAAUCAUUCAGUUUGUAAUUAUGAGCAACAUCAAACUGAUGAAACCUGCAGAUCAAAGUGAAUAAAUAGCAUCAGCUGCUGGGGCUCAUGGGUAAUGUAGUAUUUAGAGAUAUAACAGUGAACGAACUCAUGGAGAGAAGGCUGAUAACUUUAAAGUAGCCUGAUAGUAUUAUAAAAAUCAUAUUAAGAUAAUGUUAACUAUAACCAUAUAUAAUAUUUAAUAUUCCAAAAAUAAAGCUUGAAUGUUAUGUGAUACUCAGAUAAAGUUGAAAUAUUUCUAUUUUAAUUUAUUUAGAUUUUUUUUAAUUGAUUCAAUUUCAGAUGAUUUUCAAAUUACUUGGUCUCCUUUUGAGCCUGAUACCCAAGGAGAAAAAAUAUAUCUAGAAGCAAUUCUAAAAGUAGCAAAUGGUGAAAAUAAAAAGCAAAAAAGUGUAGUUUGGUUUGAUUGGCCGAGGUGGUGACAAAAUGCAUGAUUGUCGUCAUCAUACCUUGGAUCAGUUCUAGACCUUUAACAGAAAAGUUGCUGAACAUGUAGCAGCACCCAACACAUUUAAAAUGGUGGUGACUUUGUAACUUACAACACAACCAAUCUGAACUGAACUUCUCCACGCUCCUGUUUAUGUCCAUAGUCUAAAAGAGUGUUUAGGCCACACUGAGGACAAAAACCUGAUUCUCAGGUUAAAAAAUAUUGAUAUUUUGAGAAAACCAUAAAAAUAUUAAAAGAAAUGCUAUAGAAUAUAAGUCAUAAUAUAUUGAGAAAUAGUCAUAUAAAAAUGUCAUGAAAAAAUGUGCUAAUAUUUCAAAAUGAUGAAGAAAACACACAACAAUUCAAGAAAACAAUCACAGUAUUUUGGCAAUAUUUCAAGAAGUAAUAUUUUGAGAAGUAUCCCUUGUUUCUCCAACUACCACUACCACAUCUCCCCUCAGUGUGGCCCUACCACUCUAGUUUUAUUAAUCAAACGAACUCCUGAAUGCCUUGUGAGCAGGUCAGAAAACUCCUGACAGAGUUUUAUUUUAAUGUUCUAUUUAUUUUAUUUUCAUGAUUUCAGUUUGACUUGCAGCUUGAAUGUAAUCUGAAAUGACAGCAUGGAAAGUCAUUGAACACGGUUUGUACAUGUAUCGCCCCCACGUGGACAGGAGGUGGAGCGACAACAAAUAGAGGUGAAAAAUAAUAAAAAUGUUAUAUUUAUGGACACGCCCACAGACAGACUGCUGCCUCCUGAUUGGCUGAAAGCUGCGACCUCACUGCUCGCCUGUAGAUAGAUAGAAGCCUUAGUGUUUACUGUCUGUAGGUAAAUAUCAGUGAAUGGUUACAGUGUUUAGAACCAAUAUCCCAGAAUUCUGUGAAAGGCGGCGUGUGGUCAGUCAAGUUUGUCUGCAUUAAUAAUGAUGUCAUGUACAAAAUAACCAAAAAUGUCAAAUAAACCAAUGAAAC